UCUCUCUCUCUCUUUCUCUUUCUUCUCUCUUUCUUCCCUGUUUCGUUUUCUCCUCCUUCUCCUCCUCCUCCACCUCCUCUUCCUUCCUCCGCCCUGGCGAGGAAGGCCGAGGGAAGAGCCAACUUGGGAAGUUCAACGGCGGCCAGACUAGCUGACCUCGAGCUCCCAAAAUGCCUCGAGCUUUCCUGGUGAAAAAAACCUGCGUUUCUGGCCGGCGGAACUGGAGCGAACUGCCCGACGAAGAACGGGGCGAAGUUUACGUGCCAGUGUCCCUGGGUGGAUAUGCGCUGUGGAAAGACCCUGAGCCUUCGGUGGCCGAGCCGCCCUCUUUCCAGAUGCCGCUGGACAUGACCAUUCGCAACUCCGUCUUCACGGCGGCUCAGCCCCACGGCGCAGCCCACGUCUCCAGCGGGACACGACAGGAAACCGACUCUGACUUCGCACACGCCAAAAUCAAGGUGAGCUCGGCCGACGGUCCCCUCGAGCAGUUUUCCUGCCCGUUUUGCCAAAAAGCUUUUUCCUACCAACGGAUGCUCAACCGUCACCUCAAAUGCCACAGCGAGAUCAAACGUCACCUCUGCCCCUACUGCAACAAAGGGUUUAACGACACCUUCGACCUCAAGCGACACGUUCGGACGCACACAGGUGUACGUCCUUACAAAUGUGAGUUGUGUGACAAAGCUUUCACCCAGCGCUGUUCCCUGGAGUCCCACCUGAAAAAAAUCCACGGGGUGCAGCAGAGUUACGCCUACAAGGAGCGGCGGGCAAAACUUUACGUCUGCGAGGAUUGCGGAUCGACGGCCGAUAGCCAGGAAGGCCACCUGCGUCAUCUCCAGGAGCAACAUCCCGACAGCCCGCUACUCCGGAAAGCCUCGCGCAAGGCGGCUACGGCCCUUCACGGCAUCGGCAUCAUGGGCGCACCGAGUAUCCUGCAGAGCUCUGGUCCUUGUUCUUAAACAUCCUGGCCCUUUUUUGGGGGGGUGGGAUACUGAUAAUUCCUUUGAACUUCGAAAGACCCUUUCUUCUUGCCCGGGGCCAAGGACUGGCUGUGUUUGGCCGAUCGACAGAUCCGGUAUUUCGAAUCCGGCGUGGGAAAAAGACACCGGGCAAAGAUCUCCGUGAAUCUUUCAUGAAGCGCUGGGAAUUUUUUUUAAAAAAAUAAAUAAAUCUGGAUCGGACUUCCAGAUAGGACGGACGGUGGCUUUGAACGUUAGAAAGGGCUCGAUUUGGCUGCGUGUGGGGUUGGGGCGGGAUGAUUCUCAGAGGGCAUCUAGUCUUACCCCCCCCCCUCUUUAGCCCAUGCUGGAAACGAGUUUUUGAUGCAAUUUAGCUGCUUGCAUUGGGGCGGCCUCGAUGGGGAGGUAUAAAAUCGUGUCUCCGAAGCCUGGAUUUUAGAAUCCAUUCUUCAAACCCAAUUCUUUGAAUCCCUCGCCUAUUUUUUUUUUUCGCACCGGAGUCCGAGGGCUUUGAAUGGUGUGACGAUUUGGGGAGACGCCUCAAGGCAACAUAACUUUGGAAGAUUAAAACGAUUUAGCAAUUGAUCCCGUCACCGAAAGGCGGCGAGUUAUCCCGUUCACUGGGUACGCUCAAGCCAGAGGCUUGGGGUUCGAGAAGCGAUGGAAUUAGAUUUCCGCCUUUGAUUAAGGAGGGGGUUGGACUAGAUGACCUCAUAGCAUCCCUUCGAGCUGUGUUAUGAUUUUUCUGCCUCGGGGCCCGGAUCGAACUAGUCUGACUUUGGAGAUUUAAGUGCCUGGACUCGUUUGUUGGCUAUCGGGACAGAUUUUGCAACGGGAAUCUGUUUUUAAAACGAGAAUAAUCUCAGGACCAAUUGGGGGGUGUCUGGAUGAGGUUUUAUAAGCUUCCAUGAUACACCCCCCUUCUUUUCUCCCCAGAAUUCAAGCAUUCUGACAUUCUGGAAUCUGGUGAGUUUUUGUGUGUGUUGUGUGUUUAUGUGUGAUCCUUUUUAACUAAUGCAAAAAAAAAUGUAUUAUUUAUCCCGCGUCGUGCAGCCAUGGAUUUUGAAUUUUACGAAUUAUUAUUAUUAUUUUUUUCUAAAAGAAAGAUAUACACUACAGUAUUGGAUCGCUGAUAGGACUGCAUCAUUUCUGACCAGGAUGGCGUAGCCUUUUUUUUUUUUUUUUUGUGAAACGGGGCAAGAAAAAAAAUGAAUUAUUAAGCAAAAGUACCACCGUUUUCAAAGACUGUCAUAUGGGGUAUUAUUUUUAUUUAAUAUUACGAACGUGUGAAGACGGGGGUCUCUCUUGCCACGGCGGGACGAGCCACCGAAGCGAACUUUGAUUUUUUUUUAUUUUUUUUUGGCAUCUUGUGCGAUAAGAGGCAUUAUGCCAAACACCAGGGUGUGGAUCUUGUUUACAUAUUGGCCGUGUUUGUCUCUCGACUUUGGGGGAAACGGAGCUUGUGGCCUGUGAACUUUUAAUGUUAUUAUAUUAUUCGUAAUCUUAUUAUUCUUCCCCUCCUUAACCUGUUAAUUAAAAUAAAGGAACUGGGUUCUCUCCGCGA